CCCGCCCCAUCAGCCUCUGUCUCUGCGCCCGAUUCAGCCCGACCUGACCUGCCCUGCCCUGCCCUGCCCCUCCCGUUCCGUCCCUGCCCUGCCCUGCGGUGCCCUGGGGCUGGUGUGGGGCUGGCCCGACCUGCUGCUGUACUUUCUUCAAGGGCUUCGUCGGAGGAGUUUAUCGACAUCGCCAGAUGCCAAGAAAGGCAGUUGAUUUAGGUCAAGCGUGGAGUCAUCCUCAAGCUUUGGGGGUGGUGCCGGCACUGAGUGUGACAAAAAUCGCGGGCGGAGGCGAACUCGGACUCUGGAGCAUGCAACCACUUUUGAUGGCGAGGACUUGUUAGGACAGCCGGCAGAAAAUUUAGCAGCGGAGAAUUUGCAAAUUGCUGUGAGAGCACGUCAUGCGCACGAUUCUAGGAUUGAAGUGAAGAAGAGGCGGGCGGAGGGAAGGCGAGGCAGGGAGGCAGGCGAUCGCUCAGACGGACACAGUGAGUGAAUGAGGAGGCCCUGUGCUUCGCUGCGAAAGUAGAAAACAGGUGGAAGCGAAGCGGGAGAUUGCGCGCGGGUUGUAUCCAGUUUAUGCUAUUCAGGCCCUUCAAAUAGCAUCUUCGGUGCCUGUCAAAGCCUGUGUCUGAAGUGGACUCGGUUUGUUUCAGUAGGCUUCGUUCGAGGCGAGGCUCUAAUUCCUAACAUAUUCUUCGGAAGGGUUGACCGAACUUCCCGAUGUCUUGGUUUAGCACCAUCAUCCUGUGCCUGUUGUCUGCGAUCACCACGAUCGGGGCUCUCAAACGGGUUGGCUGGAUUUCAGUCCAUCCGGAACAGGUGCAAAGUGCUGGGACAAGGAAGGCUUUCGAAGCGGCAGUCACCACCGGGGACUUGAUUGUUGCGAAGGGUAUGGUCGCAGGAGCCAUCAUCGUGAAAAAGUCAUUCGAACUCUACGAUGCCGCCAAGGGAAGACGGCGGGCGGCCGAGUAGUUCUGGCAUGACGACAUCGGGGAGCUUAAUACCGGAUAUUGUGCGCAGCUACGAUGAGUGUGUGGAUUGAGGUUCUCGGCGUCGUUUCUCAUGUGGAUGGCCGUCUUGCCUCCGGCUCACACUCUCGAUGGUGAAGGCGGAUUGGAUUGAGGAUUUCAAAAUCCCCUUACGGAUAGACGGUGGCCUCGCUUGGGUCUGAAACACCCACUGCGAAGCUGGCUUGAAUUAUCAUCUUAAGGAUAUGGAUCGUGAAAAAUUUUGUACAGGGUUGCGACUGGCCUUUGUGAAUUAUGUUUUCCAUGUUAUAUACCCACGGAGUGUUGCUUCGGGAUUCACCUCUGAAUGGUGCCGCUGAUGAAAGGAAACCUCUAUUCCUGAAAUGUAAAGUUGUGCUUCUCUCGAUGUCACUGAGUGUUGCCCCAGUAUUUUUGGAAUCCUAGUUUAUUCUGUCCGACUGUCGUGCUAGAAAAUCUUUUUCUACGAGUCAAAUCAAUUUGCGGAAACCUUAAAUUCUCAAAGUCUAAAUAAUCUCAUUUCCACGGGAGAAAGUAAGAAAUCUGUUGGUAACCUAUCCAAGUCUAUGGUUUCCGAGGGGAAGUCAAAAGAAUGGUAUUUCAUCGCACGUCAGACCAGGUACUUGAGGUUUCGAGUCAGAUUUUCAAGAGCCGGAACUGUAAUCGUGAACAUUGUGAGAUUUGAUUCAAAACCAUCAUGGUGAAAGUCCUUGCCAUUAUGCAAUUAGUGCCCCGGUGGUGCAGGAUAGUGCUAGCCAGUC